GUCUUCUAGAUGUCCUAAAAGUGUCCAGGCAGACACUGUCUCUAGAAUAGGGACACGUACUCGGUCCCAGUUACAGGAAUCAUCGGGAAAUGCACUUAUUGUAGAGAUUGCCACUGCAGGAAGCCCAGAAUGACCGCGAAAUCACUGAACUUAUCCGGGAACCAGAACGGAGGCAAGAUGACGCCCAGCGCAUCCUGCGGACCAGGAAAGGUGUCCAUGAAGGCGGGCCGAGCCGUGGGCCCGUCGCCCCUGAGGCAACUCCUGCCCAUCGCUCUCUGUCUGAUCUCCUUCGCCACUGUCCUCAGCAUCCUCAUCAUCUACAUGGACACCACUGAAAUUCGUCAUCAACAGUUUCGCCUCAACAUGUCACGGGACUACGAUUUGCUGGGAGUGUCCCAAGACAAUCCACUUCUCGUCACUUACUUUCGCGAGGUGCAGAUGCGGAAGUCCGAGCACAUCCCACCCUUUGUUCUCAACUCUGAACCCGGUGAGGAGCUCAAUUUUACCGGCAGACACGAGCUGGCCGCUGAACUGGCCAGCGCUGUGGCUCAUCUAAACGGCGAGAGGCGCAAUGGCACGUUUCUGCAAUCGCUGCCUGGCAGCAGCGAUGUGGCCCUAUCCGGACCGUGGCUGGCAAGCACUCUGGGAUGGGGAGGCGUCAUCGUGGAGCCUGAUCCGCGCAAAUAUUUCACCUUUCUGAAACAAAACUACCACAGGCGCAGCAUAAAGGUGGUCCACGCGUGCCUGUCACCAAAUGAAUACCCAAAGGAGAUAACUCUGCACCACGAGGAGGAGAGCGAAGUCCAAAUAAAUAGUAUAAUGGACGAGGAGACUGAAUGGUUUCAUCCGCGAGUGAAGUGUUUUCCCGUGUACACGAUGCUGCUGGCGAUGAAUACAACAAAUAUUGAUCUGCUGAGUGUCGGAUGUCAUGACCAAGAAUUCCUGAUUCUCCAAACGAUACCGUUCGAGAGGGUGAGGAUUGAUAUAAUAUCCGUGCACUUCAUGUCACGUCUCGAAGAAGAGAACAUCCCCGCCUAUUCGCAGAAUAUUACAAAGUUUCUCUUUGGGAAAAACUAUAGACUCAUGCAUAAUCUCAAGAACAACCUUAUUUACCAAUACAAUCGUCACAAUUGAUUGGCCUUUCUUUCCAAUGUGGCCUUUCACCUUGCGUAAGUUAUCUAAAGUCUCUUUUCUUCUGUCCAACGAUCAAAAAUUUGUAUUAUUACUUUUUAAAAGAGUUAAGAGAAAAGUAAGAUCAGUAAUGCAUGAAUACAUACAAGUUUACAGCACAAAAAUGACAAAGAUUUAGUAGCUUAGCGUGAAUGUUCAAGUCCAUGUCUUGUGUAUGUUUUUUCUUCUUCUGGGAAGAAAUAAGAGAGAAUAUAAUCAAGUUAGAUUAUGGAAACAAGAAGAAAAAAUCUCAGGUUAAUUUAGUUUUGCUCCCGAAAGGUAAAUUUUUCCUGCCUGCCCUUCGAUAUUUAGAGACUAUAACAGAUAUAAUUUUCACAUAUUUGUAUACCAAAUAUUACUCGAAUUUUUUUGUAUUUUUAACCAUAGGAAAAAUCCCGAGAAUAGUAUAAUAAUAGUUUCUUGUUUGAGAAGAACAUGAGAAUGAGGAGGACUGCAGAGUAUCCCUCAAAUAUUGUAUUUUACAGUCGGAAUUGAGAGGUUUACGACAGAGUUUCAUUGUUCAAAUGAGAAUGAGUAAGUUUUUUUAGAUAAGAGAAAUUGGAAGAGAAUGAGAUAUUGCCUCUAUUUUAACUACAUAAGAUAAAUAAAAGAACAACACUUCUUACUCUCACAAAUAUUAGUAGAUUACUUUCUUCAAUAAUAGCAUUUAAUAGAUUAAUCGCUGGCCUUAAAAUUUGUAUUUAAAAAAGCAAAAUUGUAGC